AAUCAGUCUACACACAGCUUCGUGUGUCUGCGGUUGAUAUCGCGAUAAAAAUAACUUUGGAAGGAUAAGUAGUGGGGCUUUAACCGGUCUUGUUUUGACGCUACGUGGCCAUUUAGAACCUCGUUUUAUUCUCAUUUGUUCGUUCGAAACAGCGGUACUGACAUUCACUUUUAUUACAAUUCUGUCUGGUAGAAAGGCUAGCGCCCAAGUUUUUUUUUUAAUUUUAAAACAGGCCGAAAAGAAAAAACAUUUUUAAAAAUAACAAAUUUGAAAACUUAUAUUGACAGUGUAAAUUUGACUCGUUGGCGGGUGUUUUAAAUUUUUUGUGUCGUUUAUUUUUGUAAAUUUUUGUAGUUUUUAUUUGUAUUGUAUUUGAGUACUUGAAGUGAAUUUGUGAAAAAAUGGCGUGUUCAGUGUGUUUAUCGGACAAGAAGCCUAUUAAAUUUAGGAAAGAGAGGGACACAUUCGGCGAGUUGGACGUGCCGGAUGACAAGCUUUUUGGAGCUCAGACCGUGAGGUCUGUUAUGAACUUUCCGAUUGGUGGGAUUGAGGAGCGAAUGCCUUUCCCUGUCAUCGUGGCUUUUGGUAUUUUGAAGAAAGCUGCCGCCAAGGUCAACAUUGAAUUCGGUCUCGAUAAGAAAAUUGCGGACGCAAUAAUGCAGGCGUGCGAUGACGUCAUAUCCGGCAAGUUGUACCGCGAGGGCCACUUCCCGUUGGUCAUCUGGCAGACGGGGUCUGGUACUCAGUCCAAUAUGAACACCAAUGAGGUGAUAUCCAACCGUGCCAUCCAAAUCCUCGGCGGCAAACUGGGUAGCAAGGAUCCUGUGCACCCCAACGACCACGUGAACAAAUCCCAGAGCUCCAACGACACUUACCCCACCGCCAUGCACAUAGCCGUCGCCAUGGAACUCAGGGAUAGACUCAUGCCUGGCCUGGUGGCACUAAGGGACACUUUGCAGAACAAGUCUAGGGAAUUCGACAACAUCAUCAAGAUUGGCAGGACUCACCUCAUGGAUGCGGUGCCCCUGACCCUCGGCCAGGAGUUCAGCGGCUACGUCACCCAACUGGAGUACGCCAUACAGCGGGUGUGCGCGUGUUUGCCGAGACUCCAUUAUCUCGCCCUGGGCGGCACUGCCGUGGGCACUGGCCUGAACACCAGGAUAGGCUUCGCUGAGAAGUGUGCCGCUGAAAUAGCUAAACUAACAGGUAUCCCGUUCGAGACGGCGCCGAACAAGUUCGAAGCCCUGGCCUCUCACGACGCGAUGGUGGAAGUGUCGGGAGCCCUGAACACUAUCGCCGUCUCGCUCAUGAAGAUCGCCAACGACAUCCGCCUGCUGGCUUCCGGCCCGAGGUGCGGGCUGGCCGAGCUGUUGUUGCCCGAGAACGAACCUGGAUCCUCUAUCAUGCCCGGCAAAGUGAACCCAACGCAAUGCGAGUCCCUCACCAUGAUAGCUGCCCAAGUGAUGGGGAACCACGUGGCCUGCAGCAUCGGAGGCAGCAACGGCCACUUCGAGCUCAACGUCUUCAAACCCAUGAUUGUGGCCAACGUACUCAGGUCCAUCACUUUGCUGGGCGACGGCUGCCAGGCAUUCAACAAGAACUGCGCGGUGGGCAUCAAGGCGAACACUCAACAGAUUGAGAAGAUAAUGCGCGAAUCGCUUAUGUUGGUCACCGCGCUCAACCCGCACAUUGGAUACGAUAAUGCCGCGCUAAUAGCCAAGACCGCCCACAAAGAAGGCGGUAAUCUCAAGGACACGGCCAUCAAACUAGGCAUCCUCACCGCAGAACAGUUUGACCAGUGGGUCAAACCUGAAGAUAUGCUGGGACCUAAGUAAUUGUAAGAAGAAUCAAAAGAUGAUGGGUCCAAGUGGACUUAGACCUGUAGGAAGAUCAGUGGCUUUAAUAUAUGUCUGGAUUUGAAUAAAUUGUUAGAGAAAUAUCAGUGUGUCCAAUAUUAAUAAGCUUGGACCCAAGUGUUUUUGAAAAUAUCAGACUUGGACCUGAUUGUAAUAAGUUAGUCAGUGAUGAAAGGCAGAUCGAAAUAAAUGUUUUAUACCUGGUAUAUAAUUUGACCUAAAAUGGCGGCGUAGUCACAAGACAUACUUUUUAAAAUUUUUGAUGCCUGUAUCAAUUGAUGAAUGCAGAAUAGUCCUUUUUUUCUUGUGCCGCUCCCGAAGUCUCCCGAAUCAGUGAACUUGUCCAUUCAAGUUAAAUAGAGUCAAUUCAACGAAGAAUAUAAAAUAUUGACUAUUUUAUAUGUGAGAUACAUAUGUUACGAUAAUUGGAAAGUGAUAGUUUUGUAUCAUGGUCUAAUUAGAGGCAAGUAAAGCGAGGAUUACAGUAUAAAUAUUUUUAAAGUAUCAGAAUAUUAAAAAAAAACAUGUUGAUGUCUUUAUGAGCUUUUGUUCUGUGACAUGUCUUAUUUUUUUUUCUUGUAUUGAGAUAAAAUGUCCUAUUGUUAAUUAUUCUUCGUUGAAUUGAAGAUCUUUUGAAAUAAGAAAUCGAGAUUUUAGUACAAAUAAUGCAGUUUUUUUUAAAUAAUGUUUUAUAAUUUCAAUACAUUUUAUGUAUAAAGCAUAUGUAUCAUGCAUUUAUCAAAUUAUUUUUUAAUGGUUGUAUGUUUUUACCGGCGCUCAAAAAAGGUUUUAUUAUAUGUUAAGUUUAUACUUUCACACAGUUUUAUAUACGUAAAACAACGUUCAAUAAUACAUUUCGCAUAAUUAAUGUCUCUCAAAAAAAAUAUACAGUUAGAAAUUGGUAAGUUUCGUAGAAUCGUGGGUAACCGCAAGUUUCUUACUUGUACUUUAAGUCUUUUUAAGGCUCCAAUGAUUAUUAUUUUAAAAUUUAGAUCAUGUUUUGUUCUUUAUUUAUUUUUGUUUGUAAGUUGAAUAAAAUAAUGAUUAUUCA